AUGUCGUCACGAAAGUGCAAAUACGAUGCUGAUGCAUUUUGUUUUAUAUGUGGUCAAUUUAUUAAAGUUCGAGACGUGAAAUAUGAACUAAAGACAUCUCACGUUCUCUGUGAAGCCUAUGAAGCAUAUUUUGACUGUCCUGUACGGAAUCAAGAUAAGCCAUGGGCUCCACAUGUUGCUCGUAGUUAUUGUAAAAGGCGUUGGUAUCGAGGUGAGAAAAGGUCUAUGAAAUUUGCAAUACCAAGGAUUUGGCGAGAACCAAAAGACCAUAUUACUGACUGCUACUUUUGUAUGGUGAAUCCGAGUAAAAGACGUAGAGGUAAAAAUGCAAAACCUAUUGAAUAUCCUGACCUCGAAUCUUCUUCUGCUCCAAUUGCUCACGACCUGACACGACCAGUACCUGACCCACCAAAAAAAUUAUCGCAGAAAAGUAGCUCAUCUUUUAGUUCUUAUAAAAGUAAUUCCGAUAAGGAGUUUUUGCCUACACCUGAACAACCAAAACACUAUCUCAUUACUUCAGAAGAUUUUAACGAUCUAAUUAGAGAUUUAAAUUUGCCAAAAAAUAAAGCAGAGCUUCUAGGCUCUCGGUUAAAACAGUGGAAUUUGCUUGAUGAUGUUAAGAUCACGGAUCAGCGUACUAGGCAUGAAAUGUUUGCAACGUUUUUCACGAAGGAAAUGGACUUUGUUUUUGUAAUGACAUUAAAGAUUUUAGCCGAUGAAAAAUUUCCAACGUUGCUGAAUCGUACUCAAAAAGCAAGUUGGAACAGUUUUAAAGCAGUAGUUUCUGGAUUUUUAGGAAAUAAUAAAGCUGAAAACUACGAAAAGUUGGUUGAGGAUAUGCUUACAAAUUUUAAGGCCAUGGGCUGCAGGAUGUCAUUAAAAGUACAUAUGCUGCAUGCUCAUUUGGAUAAAUUUAAAAACAAUAUGGGAGCCUAUUCCGAAGACCAAGGAGAACGUUUCCAUCAGGACAUCAUGAAUUUUGAACAACGCUAUCAAGGCCAAUACAAUGAAAACAUGAUGGGCGACUAUAUUUGGGGUUUAUUGAGAGAAAGUAGCUAUGAACAUAAAAGAAAAAGUAAAAGUGUGCACUUUUAA